ACAUGGCUAGUCGUACUUCGUGACGUCACUACCGGUCAGCAUUUUGUAUUUAGGCGGCUUCUCAGUUUGUAUUUGUAGCAUUUUUAUGCUACACAUUUUUAUCAUUACUUAAUCGUUUUGGGGGUUCUACGGACGAAAUAUGGAGCGUGGAAGGAUGAGUCGAGUCCUUGGCCGACAGUCGGAGCUGCCUUUACGUGUGCAAGACAACAGAAUGAGCAUGGUCUACCAAACUCCUCAGAGUAAACCCUUUGAAAAGCUCAAUGUCCCGAAACCACAGUCAGUCACGUCUGAAAAACGAACCAGCUUCUUUGGUCCCAGGACUAGUGGAGUGGGCAUGCCCCGCAACAGCAUGAUGUCAGGUUUUGGAGGAUCUGAAAAGAUCAAGGAUGCAAGGCCUUUGCACGAUAAAUCUUAUGUUCAGCAGUGUAUCAGGCAGCUGCAUGAGUUCUUGAUUGAACACAAUUUCCCAGGUACUUUGUCAGCCAAGACCCUCCAGUCGCCCUCCACCAAGGAGUUUGUGAAGAUAUUUGAAUUCAUCUACCGUCUGCUAGACCCAGCCUUUGAAAUGCCCAACUCAAAAGUUGAGGAGGAAGUCCCAGCAUUGCUCAAGUCCCUGAGGUAUCCCUUCGUCUUCUCCAAGAGUUCCAUGUAUUCAGUUGGAGCUCCACAUACGUGGCCUCAGGCUCUGGCUGCUCUCAUGUGGCUAAUUGACAAUGUCAAGAUCUGCUGUGGUUUAAGUAAACAGGACCUACUCUUCAGUGACUUUGGUGAGGACAGUGACAGCAUUGAGGAAGGGGCCGAGUAUAACAAGCUCUUUGCAGAUUACACAGCAGAGACAUACUCCAAGUUCAUGCAGGGCAUUGAUUCGUAUGACGAUGAGGAUGAAGCAUUCCUAGCUAAACUAAAGAAGCUUUACAACGUUGAUGAAGUUCUGCUGGCGUCACUGGCUGAGAAGCAUGAAUUUCUCAGUAAUGAGAUUGAACGUCUGGAGAAGGAAAACCAGACGGACCGUUUAAUGACUAAAAGGAUGGACAAAGUAAAGCUCCAGGCCGACUUGAAGAAAAUCCAGAGUUAUCGCGCCGGCCUGGAGUCAUUUGAAGUUAACCUCCGAAACAAAGCUGCUGAACUGAAUGAAGAGCUGGAGAGCACAGUUAGUCAACUUGAGUCCCUGAAACAUGAGCGAGAGGAACUGCAGCGUCUGCUGAAGAAUCAGAAGUUUACACCUGCUGAUGUAGAGAGGAUCAACAGAGAGAAGAAUGAACUCCAGCAGACUAUCGACAGCCUCACCAAAUCUUUGGAGGAAGCUGAACAGCAUAAGUGGAACGAAGAAAUUGCUCUGGCCAAAGUGAAAGAGAAGGCGGACUUUAAGGUGGCAGAGUACCACAAGCUGGCACGCAAACUGAAGCUGAUACCAGUCAGUGCAGAAAAUUCCUGUGGUCAUGAUUUGACCAUCAAACAAUCUGGAGUUGGCAGCGUGGUUCAACAUAAGGCUCAGAUACAGAUCCUGCUGAGAAAACUCGUAAGUGACGUGGAAGAAGAAAACAGUCGAUUAACAAACACCAACCUCAGCCUGGAGGAAUCCUGUGAAGAGUUGAACUCAAACAUAUGUGACAAGUCCAACGAUCUCAAGCAGUUAAGGGAACAGAUUCGUAAACUGGAAGAACAGCUGGAUUCAGAUAUGCAGGAACUGUCCCGUGAGGAACAAGAGUGGGCAUCAGAAAUCGAGUCUGUGGAAGACCACUGUAAACUGCUGAAGCAGAAAGUCAACUAUGGUUAUGAUCAGGCCGUGCAGCAGCAGAAAGCAGCACAACAGCAAUACCAUCUUGUUCUACAGGAGACCAGUGAGGAGAGGAGAAUAGUAGCCAACAACUUGGCAUCUAUAUUUACUACCACUGCAAACCACUUAUCAGUCACAGAGAAAUGCCUGGAGGAUCUCCAAGGUAAGGUGCAGCGCGUCUGCGCCAAAACUGUUGAAGAGAGCACAGCCUCUGUGCAGAAGAUGCAGGAAACUUUGGCCAGUUUCAAGUCCAAGGCCAAUGACUUUCUAAGCUAAGACAAAGGUUCCUGUAUUGCACUUGUUUAAAGUAUAAUUUGUUUGUCAAUAAAUAAGAAGAAAAGUUCUGCACCACUGUUUAUGGUCUUUUGAUAAUCCAUGUACAUACAUAGUUCUUUCCCUCUGGUGUGGAAAAAAUAAUUGAAA